AUGUUCUUGGCUCCUCCCAGUCAGCUCAGCUGGACAUUCCAGCCCACCUCUGGGGAUCUGCCGGCUCCUCCGCACACUCGCCAGUCUACAUUAGCAGGAGGAGACAAAAUGAGAGGACUUGUCGUCUUCAUCAGUGCGGUGUGCUUGGCCAGCGCACAACACCAGGCCCUGAUUGACUACUUGGAGCGCCGACUGCUUGCGAUUGAGGACCGCAUCUCCCUAUGGCAUGAACAGGCCACCCGCUACGCCUCAGAGCUGCGGGAACUCAAACAACAGAUGGUUUCUCAGCUUGAGAACCUGGACAAGGAGAAGGAGACACUCCGCGUGAGCCUGGACAGCAUGGGGACGCGGGUGGACCGGGUGGAGCGUGAGCUGGACUACUUAGAGACCCAGAACGGUGCUCAGCCUUGUGUUGAUGUGGACGACAAGCUGAUCGAGCAGCAGGUGACUCAGGUGCAGGAGAAACAGAAGACCAAAUACUUCAAACUCACUGACUGCAAUGACAUGCUCUCCACCAUAAAGGCCAUGAAGAUCCUGAAGAGAGUUGGCGGCUCCAAGGGAAUGUGGACCAGAGACACAGGCGGGGGCUCGGGGAAGGUCUUCAUCUUUAACGGGACCAAUGAAGACACCAUCUUGGAAUUUUCCACCGUACAAGACUUCACUCGCUCGCAGGGCCUGUCUGACUCCAGGCAGCUGAAGCUUCCCUCCGCCUGGUGGGGGACGGGGCACGUCAUCUACAAUAAUCACGCCUAUCUCGUCAUUCAGGCGGAUGAGAUGACGCUGGUCAAGUACGACUUAAGGAACAAGUCUGUGGCAGAUAGCGUGGUGUUCCCAGACCAGGACUACAUCCCAGUGUAUGGCCUGAGCCCUGAAACACUGAUGGACCUGGCUGUGGAUGAGGAAGGCCUGUGGGCCAUUUACUCAACACGUCAGAAUGAGCAGCACAUCGCUCUGGCUAAAAUAGACGCCGGCUCGCUGAGCAUCGAGCAGACGUGGGACACGAGCUGCCCGAGUCUGAACGCAGAAGCGGCCUUCGUCAUCUGCGGCACGUUGUACGUGGUCUACAACACGGAGCAACCCAGCCGCUCGCACGUCCAGUGCGUGUUUGAUGUUAACAACAUGGUGAGCAAUGAAGAUGUGCCGCUGGUUUACUUCCCCAAACGUUACGGAGCUCACGCCAGCCUCAAGUACAACCCGCUGGAGCAGCUGCUCUAUGCCUGGGAUGAUGGCUACCAGAUUCUCUACAAACUUGUCAUGAAGAAGAAACUUGAGUUUUAGCACCAAACAACAUAAUGCCCAACCCACAUUGUUGGAGCUACAAAGCAGUUUUGGCCACACUGCAUCGUGUGCUGGCCAGUGGACUUCGUACACACUUUUUGUACUAUUGUCUGCUAUGUCUCUAUAUUGUACCACAAUGAGUGUACUGAACAUUAAUGAAUGUGUGUAUUUCUUCACAUCGUGACCUUUAACUGCUGACAACCCUCUGCCCAGAGGGAUUUGGUACUUAUUACUUAGUUUUUAGUGUUCUUUGACAUAUCUGUCAACUUAUGUCUUGAUUUUGAUUGCCUUUUUAAAAAAAACUGCAUUGCAUUUUAACUCACUAAAUGGAAAAAGAGUUAUCAGUCAAGUAAAACAUGUGUUUUUGCUGUAGCAGAGAGAGAAUCUAAAUAUCUGCAGGCAUAUCCAAAUUUCCUGCUGGUUUCCACUAAGCUCUUACAUGAGCAAUGCUUUGUUCUGAUUAAGUAUUUGCCUGGUUGUUAUUAUAGCUCACAAAGACAAAUCCAACUCAGCCUGAUUGAGCUAUAGUUUACUUCAUGUAGUUAUAAUGCAAUACAAACAUGGGUGUAAUCCCCCCUGAUUUAGUCAGUGUGUCGCAUGUAAUUGCAUGUGACAGCAGUGGUUGGAACCAUAACAAGCAUUCAGUUCACGGCAAAGCAACAUUAGAUUAUGAUUUUCUUUUUAACGGUAUUUGCUAGCUGGCUAGCACUCUUGUGUUUCCCUCUUUGCACUGUGAAUUUCUGUGAACCAAGUAUGAUCAGGUUUAGUUGUUUUUCACAAAA